UUGAUCUUGACAGUAACAUUUAGUUCUCUAAAUUAUAAUCCUAAGCCACUUGCAACAACAUGUGUGAUUGCCUUCCUUCCUCCCCCCUUCCCUUUUCCAUAAUCACACCUCAAAAAUUAAGGCAGCAAUCUUACUCAACUGUUAACUUUUCAAGUGUUAACAGAAGUGGAAGGUUGAAGUUUACAAGCAUCAAAGCCAGCAAGAAUACUGGUGAAGUGGGGUUUAAAGAAAAAGUUCAAGAGGAAGAAGAGAAGAACUUUGAAUUAGAAUCAUCAAGGAUUCAGAAAGAUAAAGAAACAGAAGUGGGUUCUCUUGGUUUCGAUAUUCUCGAAUUGAAGGAUGGUGAAAAGGAUGGAAAACAAGAGCAAGAUUUGGUUGCAGUUGAGAAGGAGCGAAAUAAGAUAAGAAACGGAAGGAGAGGGAAGCAAGUAAUCAGAAGAUCGAGUAUUUUGGCAAAGCAAGUGAUUAGCAUUCGUUCUGCGCUUAGUUUGGGUUUUGUGUCUCAAAUUUGGGUCGAUACUAAAUCUUGGGUGGUGUUAGUAGUUGAAGUAAGGCCAAACUUGCUUUCUGGAGAAUCAGAGAGUUUUCUUCUAGAGGAUGUUAGCCAGGUUGGGGAUGUAGUGCUUGUUGAGGACGAGAAUGUGAUGGAUACUGAAUUAAAAAUGAUUGGCCUGGAAACGCUGGUAGGAUAUAGAGUUGUGACACCAGCUCAGCGAGAUAUUGGAAAGGUGCGAGGGUACUCUUUCAACAUUAAUUCUGGGGCAGUGGAAUUGCUCGAGCUUGACUCAUUUGGGAUUUCUAUCAUUCCAUCUAGUUUGGUGAGUACCUAUGCUUUACCUGUUGAGGAUGUGCUUGAAAUUUUAUCAGACACAGUUGUUGUGCAUGAAUCUGCUGCCUCACACAUACAGAGGCUAACAAAGGGCUUCUGGGAUGCUCAGAACGUGGGGACAAAAUUAGAUGAAGGUGAAGAGUAUUCUGAUUAUGAAAGUUCCGUAGGUCGGAGCACUCGGAGAAGUUCUAGGAGCCAGAAAUUUCGUUCAAAAAUUAGAGAAAGUGAGGAUGAUUGGGAGCUUCCAAUGGAUUACUUGUGAUAUUUUAGUAUUUUGAUGCUGCUCGGAAUGUGUAUAUACUCCAUUAUAGGGCAGCACAUUACAUUUCCUCGAGUUCUCAUGUCUUUUUAUGUUGCCUCUUUUCCCAAAAGUUAGAUGAACUAUCAAGACAAGCAGGGUAGUUAAGAAUCAUCAACUUUGGAUGAAGGCUCUUUGAUUGAGGUCUUUGACCACCCACCUACCCUGUUCAAGGACUUGUCUCUGAAAAUUGAGCUAUGUUGUAUUAUUGUAUAUAUGCUAUCAAUGGUAAAAAAAAAAAUAUACUAUCGAUAUAUUUCCAACAGUUUCA